AUGGCCGAACAAAUCGAAAAAGCUUUCCAAAAACAGCCGCUUUUCCAGAACGCCAAAGUCAAGGCCGGAAAGAAGGUCUCGACUAAGGACAGACGGUGGUACAAGGAUGUCGGUUUGGGAUUCAAAACUCCUGCAGAGGCAAUCAAUGGUACUUACAUCGACAAGAAAUGUCCCUUCACUGGCGAAGUGUCCAUCCGCGGUCGUAUUCUUACUGGCAAGGUCGUGUCUACAAAAAUGAACCGCACGCUUAUCAUCCGAAGAGAUUAUCUUCACUAUAUCCCCAAAUACAACCGUUAUGAGAAACGACACAAAAACUUGGCGGCUCACGUAUCGCCUGCUUUCCGUGUUGAAGCGGGUGACACUGUCACAGUUGGUCAAUGUCGGCCGCUGUCGAAAACUGUGCGGUUCAACGUCCUACGGGUAUCUAAGAACAAGGCUGCUGCAAAGGCAUUCGGAAAGGCGACCUUCGUCCCCCAGCCCGCAGCUUCCCCGUCCCAAACUGCUCAACAGUCGAGUAAGAAGUCAAAGAAAGCCUCCAAGGACAAGGAAAGUGAAUCAUCUCCGGAUAACGUCUCGCUGGAUACCUCUCCAGACGAUUCAUUAGAAACUUCGGAUCCCAAGCUUUCCAAUGGAACUCCCGCAAUAAAUGUACCAGAACCCAGUCGCUCUUCGGCUCAACCAUUGAACGGUGUCCAUGGGUCCCCAUAUCCCAACCCCUCUUCAAUCGACCCUUCGUCUCUGACUUCCGUAUCGCCACAACCUUCACCAAAACCACUUCCAGCUCCGAUUGAUAUUCCGGCCGCGCAGACCAUACUCUCUAACGCGAAUGCUAGUGCAUUUAGCCCCGGAUCUACUACCACUAGUACUGCUCAGGACAUGAAUGGAAAAUUGAAACCCUUCGAUGUCGAUGACAUGAUACAACGCCUUCUGGAUGUCGGCUACACGGGCAAAGUCAGCAAAUCUCUGUGUUUGAAAAACACUGAGAUUACUUCUAUAUGUCUCGCCGCUCGCGACGUCUUCCUUAGCCAGCCAACGUUAGUCGAACUCUCACCCCCUGUAAAGAUUGUGGGAGACGUCCACGGUCAAUAUUCCGACCUCAUUCGACUGUUUGAAAUGUGUGGUUUUCCUCCUGCGGCCAAUUAUCUCUUCCUCGGCGACUACGUCGACCGCGGGAAACAGAGUCUUGAAACCAUACUGCUUCUCCUAUGCUACAAGAUCAAAUACCCCGAAAACUUCUUUCUCCUACGUGGAAAUCACGAGUGCGCUAACGUUACUAGAGUGUAUGGCUUCUACGACGAGUGCAAAAGACGAUGCAAUAUUAAGACAUGGAAGACUUUUAUCGAUGUGUUUAAUUGCCUUCCAAUCGCUGCAAUAGUCGCUUCGAAGAUAUUCUGCGUUCACGGCGGGCUUUCUCCUUCCCUGCAUUCAAUGGAGGACAUUAAGCGAAUACAACGCCCCACUGACGUUCCCGAUUACGGUCUGCUGAAUGAUCUGCUGUGGUCCGACCCUUCAGAUACAGCGCUAGAUUGGGAGGAUAACGAGCGUGGCGUUAGUUAUUGCUUUGGCAAAGGGAUUAUCAAUGAAUUUUUGGUUCGGUACGAUAUGGAUCUCAUCUGUCGGGCACAUAUGGUGGUAGAAGAUGGAUACGAAUUCUGGAAUGAUCGAACACUUGUUACGGUUUUCAGUGCGCCGAAUUAUUGUGGAGAAUUCGACAAUUACGGAGCUUGUAUGAGUGUUUCCGAAGAUCUGCUAUGCGCAUUUGAACUGCUCAAGCCCCUAGACGGUGCCGCGUUGCGGAAAGAAAUGACGAAGGCCAAGCGAAAAAGUGUAAUGAACACCGCUACAUAA